AUGAUGAAAUCAGAAGGAACCAGUGAUCAAUUAAAGUAUAAGGGUGUGAGGAAGAGAAAGUGGGGAAAAUAUGUAUCUGAAAUCCGGUUGCCCAAUAGCAGGGAGAGAAUUUGGCUCGGUUCUUACGACACAGCGGAGAAGGCUGCGCGCGCAUUUGAUGCGGCGUUGUUGUGUCUGCGUGGCAGUAAUGCUAAGUUCAAUUUCCCGAAUAACCCACCGCCACCGGAGAUAGUCAAAGGGACUUCGAUGACGCCUGUGGAAAUCCGGGUGGCGGCAGCUCAGUUUGCCCACUCGGAACCAAUGAAUAUCCAUCCGGGUCGGGUUGAGAGUUCGGAUCCCCAGUCGUACUCGUCUUCUGAUGUUCAUGCAGAGUCCCCUUCUCCUUCUCCCUCAGCUUCUGGUAGUGCAAUGCAUUUGGACAGUGAAAUGACUGUAUUACCCCAAGACAAUGCAUUUAUGGACUCUUUUUUUAAUAUGGGGACAGAGAAUAAUGUUCAUGAUUUCGGGAUAUAUCCGGGAUUUGAUGAUUUGAAUGGUGAAUUUUUUAUACCACCGUUGAGUAGUGCUGAUUAUAUGCAAGAAACCGCCGAUGAACUAAAUUCACAGCAUUCAUCCCUUUGGAAUUUUUGA